AUGAAGCUGGAUUGGCAGGGAUUCGGGAUAGCGUGCAAUAGAGGAUGGGAGACAGAAGGUCGAAAGGAGGAGAAAGAAAGUCGUCAGAGAUCGGCGUGUGGUAGCAUUAAUAGCAUCAGUAAUAGUAGUACCGGUGGUAUUAGUAUUAGUAUUAGUAGUAGUACUAAUAGUAGUAGUAUUAGUAGUAGUAUUAGUAGUAGUAGCAAUAGUAGUAGUAGUAGUAGUAGUAAUAAUAGUAGUAGUAGCAGAAGUAGUGACAGUAGUAGUAGUAAUAGUAGAAAUAGUGGUAGUAAUAGCAUUAGUAGCAGUAGUAGAGGAGUAAUAUUGGUAGUAGUAGUACUAGUAGCAGUAGCAUUAGUAGUAGUAGUUGUAAAAGUAGUAGUAGUUGUAGCAUGA